UCUGUGUGCCGACUGCAAGGCUCAGGACAACCAGCUGAGCUGGCCAAAGAUGGCGACCUUUUUAUUGGAGGCAUCUUUUCAUUUCGCACAGGGCAGGAUUAUGUAAUUAACACAUUUCAGAAAAUUCCAGAAGUACGAAAAUGCAAGAACUUCAAUUUUAGAGAAUUCAAAUUUGCUCAAGCAAUGAUUUUUGCUAUAAAUGAGAUCAACAAAAAUCCUCAUUUGCUCCCACAUUUUAAACUUGGCUACAAGAUCUAUGAUAACUGUGGAACUAUGGACAUACUGAGAGCUGCAUUGUCUCUGGUGAGUGGACUAGAGGGAGAAGUCACUGACGGCAAUUGCUCUAAAACUGAAACAGUGCAAGCUAUCUUGGGACAUUCAGGAUCAAGACCAACUAUUGCAUUUGCACAAGUUGUUGGAAGGUUUCAGAUACCUGUGAUCAGCCAUUUUGCCACAUGUGCCUGUCUGAGCAACAGGAAAGAGUAUCCUACUUUUUUCAGAACUAUUCCCAGUGACUACUACCAGAGCAGAGCACUGGCAAAGCUGGUCAAGCACUUUGGUUGGACCUGGAUUGGGGCUAUAGCUGUGCACAAUGAAUAUGGCCUCAAUGGCAUAGCUGCAUUUAUACAGGCAGCACAAGAAUAUGGAGUGUGCAUUGAGUAUUCUGAAGCAUUUUCAUCAUCAGAUCCCCCUGAUAGCCUGCUGAGAAUAAUAGAGAUCAUUAAGCAUGCCACUGCCAAAGUGGUUAUGGCUUUUAUGUCUCACAGAGAAAUUAAGUUGUUGGCAAAAGAACUGUAUAAACAGAACAUUGCAGGACUGCAGUUGGUUGGCAGUGACGCCUGGAUCACAGAUCACUCUCUGACUGACAGUGAGGGACACAGCAUCCUGCUUGGCUCACUCGGCUUCACUGUCAGCAAAGCUAAAAUCCCAGGGCUGGAGGAGCACCUGAGACAGCUCCACCCCUCACAGUUCCCUGACAGUCUGUUUGUCAGAGAUUUCUGGGAAGACAUGUUUGACUGCACUCUGAACAAAGCUGCAAACAAACAAAGAAAGCCAUGCAACGGCUCUGAGAGCCUGCAGAAUGUUGAAUCACAGUUCACUGAUGUGUCUGAGCUGAGAUUCACUAAUAAUGUAUACAAGUCAGUUUACGCAGUGGCUCAUGCUCUUGACAACCUGGUUAAAUGUGUAGAGGGCAAAGGGCUCUUUUCUAAUGGCAGCUGUGCUGAUACCAAAAACAUCCAACCAUGGCAGGUCUUGCACUUUCUGAACACUGUGAAUUUUACCACUGAAGAAGGGGAACGAGUCUAUUUUGACAGCAAUGGAGACUCACCAGCAAGAUAUGAACUUGUUAAUUUACAAAUGACAAAUAAAGGAACCAUGGAAGGAGUGACAGUUGGCAUUUAUGAUGCCUCUCUUCCAGAGAGUCAGCAGUUUGUCAUGAAUAACAUCCAAAUUGUCUGGAGAAAUGGGCUGACAGAGAUGCCUGUGUCAGUGUGCAGUGACAGCUGUCUCCCAGGAACUCGUAAAGUGCUGCAGAAAGGAAAACCCAUCUGCUGUUAUGAUUGCAUACCCUGCCCAGCAGGCGAGAUCAGUAAUUUAACAGAUUCAAUACAUUGUAUGAAAUGCCCACCAAUGUACUGGUCCAAUGAGCAGAAAGAUGCCUGCAUCCCCAAAGCAAUCGAAUUUUUGGCAUAUGAUGAAAUCCUGGGAACAUUGUUAGUCUUAUUUUCUCUACUGGGAGUUUUUCUCACAAUGAUCACAACACUAGUCUUCUACUGCCACAGAGAAACCCCACUGGUACGAGCCAACAACUCUGAGCUGAGCUUCCUGCUGCUCUUCUCCUUGACUCUGUGUUUCCUGUGCUCUCUGACCUUCAUCGGCCGGCCCUCUGAGUGGUCCUGCAUGCUGCGACACACAGCAUUCGGCAUCACCUUUGUCCUCUGCAUCUCUUGUGUUCUGGGGAAAACAAUCGUGGUGUUAAUGGCCUUCAGGGCCACACUUCCAGGUAGUAAUGUGAUGAAAUGGUUUGGGCCGGCACAGCAGAGACUCAGCGUUCUGGCUUUCACUCUUAUACAAGUUUUAACUUGCGUUCUUUGGCUGACAAUCAACCCUCCUUUUCCUUCCAAAAAUUUGUUGCAAUUUAACGACAAAAUCAUCUUGGAGUGUGCUCUGGGCUCAGCUGUAGGCUUUUGGGCUGUACUUGGAUACAUAGGACUUCUGGCCAUGUUAUGCUUCAUUCUUGCUUUUCUGGCUCGGAAACUGCCUGACAAUUUCAAUGAAGCCAAAUUUAUCACCUUCAGCAUGUUGAUAUUCUGCGCAGUAUGGAUCGCCUUUAUCCCAGCGUACGUCAGCUCUCCUGGAAAGUUCACUGUAGCUGUGGAGAUAUUCGCUAUUCUGGCCUCCAGUUAUGGGCUACUUCUCUGCAUUUUUCUACCAAAAUGUUAUAUCAUUUUGUUUCGGCCGGAGCAGAACACUAAAAAGCACAUAAUGGGAAAGACAACUUAUCAUGACAUACAUCAUUAA